AGGGCAUCGACCCAAAAAAGAAAAAAACAAUCUUUUAGGGAGCAGAUGUUUGUCCGAAAAUGAGCACACACAAAAUAUGUUGGAAGGAAAAUAACGCAAAAAUCUGGAAAUGUCCCAUUUUGACGUCUCGUUGAGAAUGUCACCGAACCACUGCGAUCUUCACCUUCUCCAUCUCUGCUUCUUCUCCGCUCCCAUGUCCGAUCACGGUCGUUCGCUCCAUACCCAGUUCGCAUAACCCCUAAAAAUCGCUUCUUUUUUGUUUUGACCCUUCGCGAAGAUGACCUUCUCGACUGCAUUGGUCGCUCCUCCCGACCAUUUCCUCUCGCCGUGCCGCCGCUUCCCCAUCGUCAUCAGGCUCGGCAGUCUCCGAUGCUCGAGGCGCAGGCCGCUUCUUCGCCUCUCGGCUUCGCUCGCCGAGAGGAGCAGCCUCGGCCUCUCGUGGGCCGACGACGAUUGCGCGAGCUCCGAUUCCGAUUUCAAUGGCUGGGCCGUGGUCGAAUCUCAGCCACCGAGGAAGAGAAAGGGAUUGCCAAAGUAUGUUAUUGGGGCCGCUGGGACUUCACUCGCUGUUUUAGUUGCUGUAAUUGCUCAUUACUCGCUGUCUGGAAAUGGGUAUAGUUUUCGUUUCGUCGAUCGGUUGUGUUCUUGGAGAAGUCUGUUGAAUCAGACUGAAACUGAAGCUGUUUCAAGUGAAGAAUUGGACUUUGGUUUAUUGGAUGGAAAGAGCAUUCUCUCCCAGGAUAGCCCAGAGCGUUUAUCUGAUUCAGUCAGCAACAAUGUGGUUUCAGACAGCUCAGCAUCAAGGGAUAAGCAGGAGCGAGUUAUAGUUCCAGUUGCUGUAGAUUCUACCCAGCAGGAAGCUGUGAUGGUUCUGGAAAGACUAAAGAUCAUGGAGGAAGACAUCAGGGCCAAUGAAUUAUGCACUAGAAGGGAAUAUGCUAGAUGGCUAUUUCGAUUAAGUUCUUCAUUGGAAAGGAACCCAAAACGUAGAAUCGUUCCAUCCUUGUCACUUUCUGGGUCUGAAGUUGCUGCCUUUGAUGACGUGAGUGUUGAAGACCCGGACUUCGGCGCCAUCCAAGCGCUAGCGGAGGCUGGUAUCAUUUCUAGCAAGCUCUCAGGGGAAAACUCCAGUUCUUUCUUCUCAGAUAGGCACAGCAUGUUAUUCUUUCCUGAGAGAUUAAUCUCACGACAAGAUCUGAUAAACUGGAGAGUGCAAUUAGAAUAUGAUUUUGUUCCGGGACUAGAAGAAGAGAUAUCAAAGAAAAAAGUUGGCUUCAUGGAUAUGAGGGAGAUCAGUCCAAAUAUACCGGCAGAAUUUUUCAUGGACUUGUUGGCUGGUGACAGGAGCAUAAUGAGAAAAGUUUUUGGACAGAGCAAGCGAUUUCAACCUAAUAAACCAUCCACAAAAGCACAAGCUGCUGUAGCACUGACUAGUGGCCGGAUGACGUCAGCAAUUCAGACGGAACUAGCAAGACUGGAGACUGAGAAUUUUUCGAGGUUGGUUGAGAUGGAAGAAAUUAGGUUCGAGUUAAUUGAAAGGGGUGAAAUAAAGAGGCUUUGGGAUGAGAAGCUGAAAGAAGAAGAAACCCGUGGUUUGGAAGUUGAAAAGGUUUAUCUUGUGGCAAUUGAUGAUUUAGAGCAAGAGAAGAUAAUUCAGGAGAAGAGCUUCCAAGAGUGUAUGAAGGAGAAAGCAGCUUUGGAUUGUCAGAAGCAAUUGAUUUACAACCUUAGAGAAGAAGUUGAUGAGAUGUCAGACAGGCUCGCAUCAGAGAGAGCUAUCUAUGUUCGUGAGCAAUUUGAGAUGCAGGACACUAUCAGUGAUUUAGAGACCAAGCAUGAAAGGAUGCUGGAUACGAAAUCUAUUCUGGGAGCCGAGAUAGAAGCUUUGCGGAUACUUAGGUCUUGGGUAGAAGAUGAAGCAAGGAAAAGCCAAGCCCGUGCUAAGGUGCUAGAGGAGAUUGGAAGAAGGUGGAGAUGGGAUGGCCAAGCACGAUAAAGUGGUGUGCAGUGGGUGGCUACUUGAAAUGCUUCUAGCUUAACAGCUACAACUGCGAACUUCCGAUUUACCUUUCAUUUAUUACACAUUCCCUCUAGCGCUAGAUGCGGCUAUAGGAUAUAAUUUUGCUUCAUCUGGCACGACAAAGAACGUUGAUUUUGCUCUCUCUCUCUCCCCCAAACCCCCACCCGGCACUGUAUGUCCCUCUCUGUGUGUCUAUUAACUGUCUGAAGAUAAAUCCUUUGAACAGUAUCAUUGACGCCGAGAUUCGAGAUUCUUUAGUCAUUUUUCUUUUCUUAUGCUUC